GAACCCGCACAAGCAGUACAUCACGUGAGAUUCCUCGAUCCAUCCUGGCAAAACAACUAUCGACACCACCGCCGUCGUGGUCAUCUUGGUCCGACCCAACGACACGGCCUUUUCUUGAUCGGUCAUUCCAUCGUGCUUCCCAAAUCAGGCCCGUCUUCCUGGAUCGCACCUGAAUCGAACUCAAGCCACUCGAACGCCUCGUCCCAGCAGCCGCAUCGGCGCAAUCGGGCACGGUACCCUCUGUGUCACAAUACACGACAACACAUCCCACAAUGAAUCAAUCAGGCAUGAGCAGACCAAACCAUCCCCAUCACCAUCCGGCCAUGGGCUCACAGAGGAGUCUACCUUCACUCGCUCCAAGCGAUGAGACCGGUCCGUCGAGAACAAUCUCUCCCUCGAUGGUCAAUGGCGUCUUGCAGCCGGCACUUCCUCGCACUGCACCUACACCCAUUGCGACCAAUAGUCAUACAAUGGGGAACCAACAUACCAACCCAUUGCAGUCUCGCUACCCAUCUCUCAAUUCGCGGAUGCACAAUCCUGCAUCGCCGACGGUUGGAUCACCGACCAUAGCAUCGCCCGCUGGACCUCGUCCGGCGUGGCCCUCGACCCCGUCGUCUGUCCAAACACCACAGAAGUUUCAGAUCCGAGUCUCUCGGAUCGCUUCCGAAGCCUUGGUGGCCAAAAUCAGGCAGUUCCGGGCCGAGCUAGAGCAAGUGCAUCAGUGCAGUCCAACGGAAUCAGGACGUUUGACUCUUCUCGAAGAUAGCGUCAACAAGGGGGACUGGUUCUAUCAAACCCUCCAUCAGGUCUUCUGUCUACGGUCUCUUGAUCCAUCGUCGCUUCCUCGAUCUGUCCGAGGGAUCGAUCCUACCGGCAUACUUCAUCUCGAACGGAUGCUUUGCCCGAAUCAAGGCCUGGCGCCAGCAUUCGUCAAAUUUUGCGCCGAAUUUCCUGAACCGCUCAUGGAUCUCUAUUCAGAUCCGGACCGGAAAGUACGAGAGGUCUACGAGAUCCGCCUGGCCCGUGUCCAGACGUUUAUCGGCACUCUGGCCUCGCGAUGGGAUUCCUUCGUCAACAGACAUAUCACCGAAUGUAGUCCACCUCUGGUACAAGAAAUGGUAGAGGAGCUCAAUCUCAACACGAGCCCUGUCCUGCACAGGGUUUUAUUCACCGCCAUUGCGCGCAUGUUCUGGGGGGUCAGCGACUGCCCUGCAUUGGCUGUGCUCUCAAGUCUCCAUGAGCUCGACAGUACCAGUCAUAGUGGAGGCCAUGUUCGAACCGAGACGGAGAAGAUUACGGCAAAGAAUCACUUUCGCAGGGUCUAUGACGACUGGAAGACACGUGCGCUGGCAGAUCCACGAACAAAACAUGCUCCAUAUGAGGCGCCGCCAGAAGUCUUUCACUUCUUUCGCUCCACAGUACCGGCUGCUGCGCUGGCAUCUCCACGUGUGAUGCAACCUCAACAGCCUGCGCCCACACAAAGUAGCACGUCCGGAUUGCAACAAGCGCCGCCCUCACUUCGCGUGCUGACUGGUCGCCAUAACCAUCUCGCGAACAUGUCCACUCCCUCGAGUCCUUCCUCGCCAUCCAGAGCCGCCCUGCUUAGCCAGGUUCGCACACCUGUCGCACAAAGCAGACCCCAGGCGAGCACCAACCCACCCAUAGUCCCAUCGAUAAUCCCAUCGAUGAUGCAGCAUGUUCGUCAGUACACGCCGCUGCACACGCCGCAACAACGACAAGCGCAAGCAGCACAAAUACGACCUCAGCUGAGAAAGUUGUUUCCGCCCGAAGGAGCCGGGCCAUCUUCGCAACCUACACAGCCAGAUGUCGUACGCUCCGGAUUGCAUCAAGCUCAUCUUCGCAGUCCAGUAUUGGUCCCAACUCGGCUCGGUGGUGAUGCGGAUACCAUUCAGGACAAGUCACUUCCGGGACCGUUGCGCCUGUACCUUCAUGUCGUCGGCUACGGGCUCCCGCCGACAGGGCUAGCAUCACGACCGAUGCAGACCCUAUCUUUUCGAGUGUCCCCAAUAGCCAUUGCCCGUCUACCGAAACGUGACCCAUCGACACCGACUUCCAUCUCGAUCACGACCGACACCAGCUUGUACCGUCUGCGAUGCUGUUCCUAUCCCGAAGGCGGCUUUGCCAGCGAGAAUGCCUGGAUCACAGCGGAUACCGUCUGGCCACCGGAGAUCACAUCGAUCGAGUUCAACGGGGAGAUGCUCGAAACGCGCAAGAAGCUCCACCACGGGAAAUACCUGCCCGUCAACGUCACCGACCUCCUCAGAGAAGGCACCAACGUCCUGACCAUCGGCAUGGACACCAACAGCAAGCGACCCGCCACCGCCAAGAGAUACACCAUCGCCCUCGAAGUCCUCGGCGCGCAGACCCACCAAUCCAUCCUGGAAAACCUCCUCCGCCCCACCCUCCCCGAAUCCCGCGACGCAAUCCUGUCCCGCGCCACCCCCUCGAAGGGCGACAAGGACGAAGAUGUCGAGAUGACCGACGACCUCACCAUCACCUCCACCUCCCAGACCAUCUCCCUGCUCGACCCCUACACCGCCUCCCGCCCCGUCGCCCUGCCCGUGCGCGGGAAGGCCUGCCUCCACCGCGACCCCUUCGACCUGGACACCUUCCUCGGCCAACUCGCGCCCGCGCAGAACCUGCGCCUCCACGGCCCCGCCCCGCCGCCCGGCUUCGUCGAGGGCAGCAGCGUCACCCACCCGGACGCCUGGCGCUGCCCGCGCUGCCGCGGCGACGUCCGCCCGCAGACCCUCGUCGUGGACGCCUUCCUCCUCGACGUCCUGGCGCGACUGAAGACGGAGGGGAAACUCGGCGGCGGCGGCGGCGGCGGCGGCGUGAGAGCCAUCGUCGUGAGCCCCGAUGGGUCCUGGGCCGUCAAGGACGAACUCGCUGGCGGUGGCGGGGGGGACAGGGCCGGCGCGAACGCUGGUGGUGGUGGUGGUGGUUUCGGGGCCAACCCGAAGAAGAAGGUCAUCGAGGUCAUCGAAUUGGAUUGAAUGAUGAGAAUAGGACGGAAGGAGAAUGGAGGGGAGGAGAGUUUUGAUGGAAAUUUGCUUAUGGGACGCUUCCCCCCCCCCCCCCCCCCCCCCCCCCCCCCCCCCUCUCUCUCUCUCUCUUCUGUGGGAAGAUCAAAAGGUCUCCUUUCUUUUUCCCCACGAUCCAGCUUUUUUCGGUCUGUAGAUUCCCCCUGUUUCUUUUCCUUUUUCCUGCACGACGAGUCUUUGUUUUCGAUCAUUCGAUCGAUCACGAGUGGGAGGAACAAUUCCUUUUUCGU